GUAAGACACAAUUACAUGCCAAUUCUUAUAUCAGAAAGUGCCACCUCAAUUCCUCAGAAAUGGCUAUUAGGGUGGAGAUACCAUAUUUAUAGAUACUCCCCAAAAAACACGACACUUUCCUGCAAUGAGUUUUUCUCAUUCCAAUAUUUUUAGCUGAUCAUUUCAAAAGGUCUCUCUCUCUUUUCAAAAACUUUUCCAAUCAUGUUUUUCGCAUACCCAAUUCUAGUAUUGGUUUUGAUGAUCACAGUUUCAUAUUUGAUUCUUCGAUUAUUAAGCAAAACAUCUUUAUUGCAUAUUCUCAAGAAGUGUUGGAGAUUGAUUGAAGAUAGGUUUCAUGUUCACCAAUUUUACAAAAUUCCUCAAUUCAAUGAACAUAAACAGGAAAAUCAGCUCUACAGGAAAGUAGCUUCGUACCUGAAUUCUGUCGCUUCCGUCGAAGAAUCCGAUUUCGCAAACCUUUUCUCGGGAAACAAAUCGAACGAAAUCAUUCUCCUCCUCGAUUCGAACCAGACUGUUCUCGACACAUUUCUCAGCGCUAAAGUGUACUGGACGAACGAGAAAUCCGAGAGAGAUGGUUCGAGAGCGUUGAUUUUGAAGAUCAGAAGAACCGACAAGAGGCGAAUUCUUCGUCCCUACUUGCAGCACAUUCAAAAGGUGUUUGAUGAGGUUGAUCAGAGAAGGAAAGAGGUGAAACUGUAUAUAAACGCAGAGUCGGAACCGGAGAGGAACGGACGGUGGAGAUCCGUCCUGUUCAAUCAUCCGGCGACGAUCGACGCGGUCGCGAUGGACUCGGAUCUCAAGAACAAGGUCAAGUCCGAUCUCGAAUCGUUCCUCAAGUCGAAGCAGUACUAUCACCGACUCGGCCGAGUCUGGAAGCGGAGUUACCUCCUGUACGGUCCCUCCGGUACCGGAAAAACGAGCUUCGUCGCCGGAAUGGCGAAAUUCCUCUGCUACGACGUCUACGAUAUCGAUUUAUCGAAAGUAUCAGACGACUCAGAUCUCAAGCUCCUCUUGUUGCAGACCACGAACAAGUCGCUGAUCGUGGUGGAAGAUCUUGAUCGGUACUUGGUUGAAAAAUCAACGGCUAUAAGUUUGUCUGGGAUUCUGAAUUUCAUGGAUGGGAUACUAUCGUGUUGCGGCGAAGAACGCAUCAUGGUAUUCACAAUGAAUGGAAAAGAUCAGGUUGAUCCAACGGUUCUAAGGCCUGGAAGAAUUGACGUACGCAUACACUUUCCACUGUGCGAUUUCUCAGCUUUCAAAAGUUUAGCCGAUAGCUAUUUGGGGGUAAAAGAGCACAAGCUUUUCCCUCAGAUUGAAGAGAUGUUUCAAAUCGGGUCAAGUUUGAGUCCGGCUGAGGUUGGGGAGAUCAUGAUAUCCAAUCGGACUUCCCCUAGUCGGGCUCUCAAAUCGAUUAUCACUGCAUUGCAAAUAAAGGGUGACCAUAGUGGGUUGAGUCGGGUUGGGCAACGGUUGAGUGCGAGCUCUUCUUGUCGGCCCUCUUGUGAAGAGUCCAGUGAUUCCGGGUCCUUCUUUGCUCGCGAAGGUGCACAUACAAUGAAGGAGUUUCGCAAAUUCUAUGGACUAUUGAGGAUGCGGAGUAGUAGAAAAGAAUCGAUGGAUUUGGAUUCGGUUGAGAAAGAAAAUUCAGUUCACAACACCAAACUUGGCUAGACAAUAUUGCAGGGUAAUGUUGCAAGCAAGAUAGCCUAUAUUGUAUCUGAAGCUCCAAAAUGUAGGACGUUUUAGGUUGUGAACAGAUUUAUUCAUUACAAGACUUUUUUUUUUUUUACAGUGAUAACUUACUCUUUUUAUUUUCAUCCACCAAAAAAAUAAAAAAAUAAAUGAUACAAAUUUUUAGAAUCAAGCUUAAUUUUAAAGUGAUGAUAUUGUAGUGAUUCCUUUACACUUCCAUCGUGCCUAAUUCCAAAAAAACAAAAAAAACGAAAAAAAGAAGAAGAAGAUUGUACGUAUCGUUUGAUGUAAAACAUUACUUUAUAUUUGUUGCAUUAUGUUAUUUAUUUUUAAGAAUAAAUUUGCAUUGUUAAAGUAAUGAAACAUGUAUGAAAUUAUUCCA